GAGCGGCGGGGGGCGCCGCGCCCGGCCGGGGGGCGGCGGCGCCAUGUGGAGCGGCCGCAGCUCCUUCACCAGCCUGGUGGUGGGCGUGUUUGUGGUGUACGUGGUGCACACCUGCUGGGUUAUGUACGGCAUCGUCUACACUCGCCCGUGCGCCGGCGGCGGUAACUGCAUCCAGCCCUACCUGGCGCGGAGGCCCAAGUUGCAGCUGAGUGUGUACACCACCACACGGUCCAGCCUUGGUGCUGAGAACAACGUGGAUCUCGUCUUGAACGUGGAAGACUUUGAUGUGGAGUCCAAGUUCGAAAGGACAGUUAAUGUUUCUGUACCAAAGAAAACAAGAAAUAACGGGACGUUGUAUGCCUACAUCUUCCUCCAUCACGCUGGCGUUCUGCCGUGGCACGACGGGAAGCAGGUGCACCUGGUGAGCCCUCUGACCACUUACAUGGUCCCCAAGCCGGAGGAGGUCAAUCUGCUCACCGGGGAGUCUGCUGCACAGGUGAGCAUCAGCACCAGGUUACCAGCCCAUGCCCUGGACGAGCCCGUUUCCCACUGGAGACCAAGACUGACGCUGAACGUGAUGGUGGAUGACUUCGUCUUUGAUGGGUCCUCGCUGCCUGCUGACGUGCAUCGGUACAUGAAGAUGAUCCAGCUGGGGAAGACCGUGCACUACCUCCCCAUCCUCUUCAUCGACCAGCUCAGCAACCGCGUCAAGGACCUCAUGGCCAUCAACCGCUCUACUGCCGAGCUGCCCCUCACCGUGUCCUACGACAAGAUCUCGCUGGGGAGGCUGCGCUUCUGGAUCCACAUGCAGGACGCCGUGCACGCCCUGCAGCAGUUCGGGUUUUCAGAGAAAGACGCCGAUGAAGUGAGAGGGAUUUUCGUCGAUACCAACUUGUAUUUCUUAGCGUUGACUUUCUUCGUCGCGGCGUUUCACCUGCUUUUCGAUUUCCUGGCCUUCAAGAACGACAUCAGUUUCUGGAAGAAGAAGAAGAGCAUGAUUGGAAUGUCCACCAAAGCAGUGCUCUGGCGCUGCUUCAGCACGGUGGUCAUUUUCCUGUUCCUGCUGGACGAGCAGACGAGCCUUCUGGUGCUGGUCCCGGCAGGCGUGGGGGCCGCCAUUGAGCUGUGGAAAGUGAAAAAGGCUCUCAAGAUGAGUGUCGUCUGGAGAGGCCUGAGGCCCGAGUGUCAGUUCGGCACCUGCAGCGAGUCGGAGAGGAAGACGGAGGAGUACGACACUCAGGCCAUGAAAUACUUGUCCUACCUGCUCUACCCGCUGUGCGUUGGGGGCGCUGUCUACUCGCUGCUGAAUGUGAAGUACAAGAGUUGGUACUCCUGGCUGAUCAACAGCUUUGUCAACGGGGUGUACGCCUUCGGCUUCCUCUUCAUGCUGCCCCAGCUGUUCGUCAACUACAAGAUGAAGUCGGUGGCACACCUGCCCUGGAAGGCCUUCACCUACAAGGCCUUCAACACCUUCAUCGAUGACGUCUUCGCCUUCAUCAUCACCAUGCCCACCUCCCACCGCCUGGCGUGCUUCAGGGACGACGUGGUGUUCUUGGUCUACCUGUACCAGCGGUGGCUCUACCCCGUGGACAGGAGCCGGGUGAACGAGUACGGGGAGUCCUACGAGGAGCGGCCCCAGCAGAAGCCCCGUGCAGACUGAGCCCGCUGGGUGCCCGGAGUCAGCUGGCCAAGUACUUGGGACACUUUUGGGAGCUCCCCGGGCACCCCGCCUCCGCAUUGCCAAAACCUCUGAGCGUGCCGCGUGUGCCCCCAAGCCCCUCCGUGGUGUGGGGAGGGUGGGCAGCACCACGCCGCCCCAGCCUGUGGACGUCACCUUGGCGCUGAGGUCCCCUGUGGUGCGUGUCACCGCAGUGCCCCCACUGCAGAGGGGAGGUGUGGCUUCCACCUCAGCGUGCACAUCAGAUGCCUCUGCUCCGUGCUGUGUGGACUCUGGGAUCAAAUGGCUUUUUUUGUUUGUUUAAAUACUUGACUAUUUUAAAGCUUAAUGGAUGUACGUUUGUAUUUUAAAAUAAACUUCUCUGGCUGUAACAUUUUCUUGGCCCGGA